AGGUGGCAGCGGCGGAACGCGGCCGGGCUGAAGCCGCCGUCACUCCCCGCGCCCUCGUCCCGGAACUCCGGUCCGUCCUCUAUCCUGUCACCGUCCUACGGGUAACGGAGCCCCGGGGCCGCCGUCCCGCGGGACCGCUGCCGCCCGAGCGCCCCGCGCCCGCCAUGUCCUGCGGCCGCCCCGUGAGCUCGGCCUGGCCGUAGCUGUCGAGAUGCGCCUGGGCGCGGUCCUGAGCGCGCUGCGGCCCGCGCUGCCUCUCCUGCUCGGGCUGUCCCUGGGCUGCAGCCUGAGCCUCCUGCGCGCCUCCUGGAGCCACGGGGCAGCCGAGGAACGUUGUCUGGCACCGGGCCCGCCCGCCCGUGGGGCUCCGCCCGAGGCAGCGGAGGGGAGGCCGGGCCUGGGCCACGAGGACUUCAGGCCCCGGAUUGUACCGUAUUACCGAGACCCCAACAAGCCUUACAAAAAAGUGCUCAGCUGUUUGUCAUGUAAGUAUGUACUUCCUUUACAGAACUCGCUACAUCCAGACAGAAUUGGGAUUCCAUGAGAGACUGUUUGUGGCUGUGCUGACCUCCAAGGCCACACUGAACACAUUGGCAGUGGCAGUGAACAAGACAGUGGCCCACCACUUCCCACGCCUGCUGUACUUCACCGGGCUGCGCAGUGCCAAGGUGCCCCAUGGCAUGGUGCUGGUGGCCCAUGGUGACGAGAGGCCCAUUUGGCUCAUGUAUGAGACCAUGAACUAUAUCCAUCAACAUUUUGGUUCUGACUAUGACUGGUUCUACAUCAUGCAGGAUGACACCUAUGCCCAAGCUGAACAGGUCAAGGCUCUGGUGACACACCUGAGUAUUAACCAAGAUGUGUACCUGGGGCGAGCGGAGGAGUUCAUCGGGGGAGAUGAGCAGGCCCGUUACUGUCACGGGGGCUUUGGCUACCUGCUGUCCCGUAGCCUCUUGCUUAAGCUCCACCCACACCUGGACAGCUGUCGCAAUGAGAUCCUCAGUGUGCGCCCAGAUGAGUGGCUGGGUCGUUGCAUCAUUGAUUUCCUUGGCAUUACUUGUGUUUCCCAGCUCCAGGGCCAGCAUUAUCACACUUACGAACUGGCCAAGAAUACUGAACUGGAGAAGGAGGAAGAAGAGGAGUUCCAAGCAGCUCUUGCUGUGCACCCUGUUUCUGACAUGACCCUGAUGUACCGGCUGCACAAGCAGUUCAGCAGGAUCCAGCUGGACAGAGUCUAUCAGGAGAUCCAGGACCUCCAGAUGCAGAUCAGGAACCUGACAGCACUGACCCCUGCAGGUGAGGCAGGUGUGACCUGGCCUGUGGGCAUUAACGCUCCAUUCCUUCCAAAGUCCCGUUUUGAGGUGAUCAGCUGGGACUACUUCACGGAACAGCACCUCUUUUCCUGUCCUGACGGCUCCCCAAAGUGUGAGCUUUCUGGAGCCAGUAAGGCAGAUGUCAGUGAAAUCAUCGAGUCUGCGGUGGAGCAGCUGAACAGUCUCUAUCAGCCCCUGCUCCGCUUCAGCAAGCGGCAGCUGCUGAAUGGCUACCGGCGCUUCGACCCCACGCGGGGCAUGGAAUACACCCUGGACCUGCUCCUGGAGGCUGCCACCCAGAAGGGUCACAGUCAUGUUCUGGCCAAGAGAGUGAGCUUGGUACGACCCUUAAGUAAGGUGGAAAUUAUUCCCAUGCCAUAUGUGACUGAGGCCACACGGGUGCAAUUGGUGCUUCCCUUGACAGUGCAGGACCUGGAUUUUGUAGCAAACUUCCUGGAUAUGUUUGCUAUGAACACACUGGACACUCAUGAUAAUGCCUUGCUGACUUUGCUUUUUAUCUACCAUCCCUACGAUGCCCAGAGAGUUGGUCAGGUGGAUGUUUUUGCUGGAGUCAAAGCCAUGGUAGGAGAGCUAGAGAAACGCUAUGCAGAAGUGAAAAUCCCGUGGAUUAGUGUUAAAACAGAGGUGCCAUCACAGGUGAAGCUCAUGGAUAUAGUCUCAAAAAAGCACCCUGUGGACACACUGUUUUUCUUGGCCAGCGUUUGGACAGAGAUCAACAUGGAGUUUCUGAACCGCUGCCGCAUGAAUACCAUCAGCAAUUGGCAGGUCUUCUUCCCUGUGCAUUUCCAGGAGUUUAACCCUGCACUGGUGUACCGUGGUGAGCAGACAGCAUCUUCCAACACUGACUUCCUGAGAGAUGGGCAUUUUGACAGACAUUCCUUUGCUGAGGCCUGCUUUUAUAAUUCUGACUAUAUGACAGCACGUACCAAGCUCGCAGCCGAUAUCCUGGACCGAGAAGAGGUGCUGGAGAGCAUGGAGGUAUUUGAUGUCUUCCUCCACUAUUCUGGCCUGCACCUGUUCAGGGCUGUGGAGCCGGGGCUAGUGCAGAAAUACACACUGAGAAGCUGCAAUCCCCGGCUCAGUGAGGAGCUGUACCACCGCUGUGUGCUCAGUAACUUGGAAGGACUUGCAUCCCGCUCACAUUUAGCUAUGGCUCUCUUUGAGCAGGAACAGGCCAACAGCACUUGAGAGAUGAGAAACAUCAAGAGCUUCUCAGCACCUUAACACUUGGCACUUUCCAUCACCUUCCCAGCCUUGCCAUGGGUGAAGGGGUAUGUGAGGUUAAGGGAGGAGGACUUUCCCAGAGCUACUCUGAGUCACAUGGGCUAUGAAAUGAGGCAGUUUCAGUAGAGGGGAUUUGGUUUGCUUUUGGGGUUUUUAAAAAUAAAUCUAAUUUUCUUUCCAGGCA